ACUGACAAUAGCGACCCUUACCUGAUCCCUGUGGAAAGCUACCUCCCAUUACUGAGCACGUUGACGAUUGAGGUCCCCGCAGCGUCCUGGUGUUACCUACCUUACCACUACUCCGUAUUAUCUUGCAGAUAAUACGAGAUUCUCGCUCGCUCGUCUUGGCCAGUGCAGGAAGGAGCGUGAUCGACUUCUCACAUCCGGAGGAUCCUCUUUUUCCUCUCUUCUGCCUUUCAAGCUGUUUCAAUGGCGUCCACGACAUACCUCACAUUUUCUCCCUUUGCUCACUGACUUAUCGUUUAUGUUUCUUGUCCUUCGAUGCCGGUUCCCCUCCGCUCGAACCACCCGAACCAACGACCACCGACGGUAGCUCGAGCGCACGCCGCCGACCUCACCUCCGAGAAAAGACAGAUAAAAAAAAACAGACCAUGGGCCUCCUCAACGGCCUUCGCCUGAGCGCCCGCCGCCUCCUCCGCUCUCGCGCCUUCCGCAACAUCGCCCUCCUCCUGACGCUCUACAUCUUCCUCGACGCCCUCCGCUACCAGCGCCGCAUCACCUCGGCCCCGCGCCACGACCCAACCCGCCCGCGGCGCGCGGAGCGGGUGUACAUCGCCGGCAUGCACUACAACGACGCCUCCGUGAUCCGGACGCACUGGAACAAGGCGGUGCUGGACCUCGUCGAGGCGCUGGGGCGGGACAACGUCUAUGUCUCGGUCUACGAGAGCGGGAGCUGGGACGAUACCAAGGCGGCGCUGCGGGAGCUGGACGGGGUGUUGGGGAAGAGGGGGGUGAGGAGGAAUGUUGUGCUGGAUGAGAGGACGCAUGCGCAGGAGGUGGAGGAGGUUCCGGCGGAGGGAGAGGAGCGGGAGGGGUGGAUUCGGACACCGAGGGGCAAGCGGGAGAUGAGAAGGAUACCGUUUCUUGCGAGGUUGAGGAAUUUGACGUUGCGGGAUUUGUGGAAGUUGGGGGAGGAGGGGGAGAUGUUUGAUACGGUGCUUUUUUUGAAUGAUGUUGUGUUUACGACCGACGACGUCCUCGCGCUGCUCGAUACCAACGGCGGCCUCUACGCCGCAGCCUGCUCACUCGACUUUGCCCACCCGCCAUCCUACUACGACACGUUCGCGCUGCGCGACUCGGCGGGACAGGCGACGCUGAUGCAGCGGUGGCCGUACUUCCGCUCCGAGGCGAGCCGGCUCGCGAUGAUGGCGUACUCGGACGCCGUGCCCGUGCGGAGCUGCUGGAACGGGAUCGUUGCGAUGCCGGCGGCGCCCUUUCUCGCGAACCGGGGCAAGAGGCUCGAAUUUCGCGGGGUGGAGGAUUCGUUGGCGGAGGAGGCGCAUCUCGAGGCGAGCGAGUGCUGUCUCGUGCAUGUUGAUAAUCCGUUGACGCGGGAGUUGGGGGUGUUUGUGAAUCCGAGGGUGAGGGUGGGGUAUUCGCCUGCUGCGUAUGAGGCUGUGAAUCCGGCUGGGGGGGGCAGUUGGCUUUCUGUGUGGAGGAUUGUGGUGGGUGUUUGGGAGGGGAGGGUUAGGAGGGCUUUGACGAGUGAGAGGGUUAAGGAGUGGGUUGUUAGGAAGAGGGUUGGGGAGUGGGAGGCGCGUGGAGGUGGUGAUCAGAAGAAGAGGAGCGAGAAGGGGGUUGAUUGUUUGAUUAAUGAGGGGCAGGUGCUUGUGUACAAUGGAUGGGCUCAUGUAUGAGGAAGAGGAUAGGGAAGCUGAGGACGAGGAUGGAAGAGGAAAAAGAUACCCAUUGGAUGUGUUGUUUAGGUUUCUAUAGAUGUUGUAUAUGGUGUACAGAAGUCAAGACGCCCAUGUUCUUCCUGUUGGCUUCCUGGUCCGACUACAUACAGGUAUUAGAUGGUCUCAAAAGACUAGAAAAAGAGUUUAACCCCCCCGGUGUUGAACGGGGGGCUACAUCUCUUGGUGCUCGCGCUGGGAUUUACUGUUGACCAUAUACCACUCCCCCACCUAUCCCAGUUUGACCUGACCCGUCGGCCUAGACGAGCGCCUGCUGGUUGUGGUGACGAAAUUGGGAUUGAGGGGGGGGUAUAUACCUUUGGUCCUAUCGUACAUUCAGACUAUUCCUAUUCCCAUUCUACGGUAUGG